CAAGAGUCCCUAUAUGCAUCAGCGACGCAACACUCGUUACCUUAUCUCAGGGAACUGAGAUUAUUGGGCUGUUAGUAAGUAAGUAAGUAUGGACUAGACUGAAUGACAUCACGGCUCCAUUCAAAGAUCAGACCACCCGAUGUAUUAAAAAAGGAGGGGAAACCAAGAGAAACGUCGCAUCCCUGACGGUCCUUCUGGUGUGAAGAUGGCGGUCCCAACUCAAAGCAGCCGGACUGGAUCCGUUAGCAGUCUGGGAAACAGUCCAACCGCAGCGCUGGGCGGCUUAAACAAUAACCACAAGCUGUGGUGCUGUCAUGAGCUUGAUUUCAGGUCCGGAGUGAAGAUCGAGGAGCUCAACCGACUCAUCCAUGAAUUCAGUAAACAAGACCAACGAGAGUAUGACGACCAGAGGGCACUGGAAAUACACACCGCCAAGGAUUUCAUCUUCUCCAUGCUCGGCAUGGUGCAAAAGCUGGACCAAAAGUUGCCUGUUGCAAAUGAGUACCUGUUGUUGUCUGGUGGUGUGCGAGAAGGUGUGAUGGACAUGGAUCUCAGUGAGCUUGGCAUCUACAACCGUGGCUCCGACUAUGACAUGGCAUUCACCCUAUUGGUUCCUGCGCUAAAGUUGCAUGACCGGAACCAACCAGUCACACUGGACAUGCGCCACUCAGCACUUGGUCACUCUUGGCUCAGCUUGCGACUUUUUGACGAGGGCACCAUUAACCGUUGGCGGGACUGCUGCACGCUUACUGAUCAUCUUAACGGCACCACCAACUACUUCUUCUCACCCACUCUGGUAGCCGACUGGUUCCAAGAAGCUGUUGGAUUAGUACUGGCAGAGUUACAGCGCAAGCCACAAAGAGGCACCCCAAGGGUGGAGCGGGUUGAGCGUCACAACACCCUGUUGUCUAUGGUUUUAGGUGUGGGUAGCAGCCGCAUGCUUUAUGACAUUGUUCCUGUGGUGUCUUUUAAAGGCUGGCCGGCAGUUGCUCAGAGCUGGUUGAUGGAGAACCACUUUUGGGAUGGCAAAAUCACGGAGGAGGAGGUUAUCAGCGGCUUCUAUCUAUUGCCUGCCUGUUCAGCCUCUGGUUGCCGAGAGAAUGAGUGGCGGCUCUCAUUCGCCCGCAGCGAGGUUCAGUUGAAAAAGUGUAUCUCACCAGGUCUCAUGCAAGCUUACCAGGCAUGUAAGGCAAUUGUUAUUAAGCUACUAGCCCAACCUACAUCUGUCAGUCCAUAUUAUUUACGUAGCAUUAUGUUGUGGGCCUGUGACCGAUUACCUGCAAGCUAUUUGUCACAGGAAGACUAUGCUGCGCAUUUUAUGCUAGGUCUCAUAGAUGACUUGCAGCACUGCCUUGUCAACAAGACCUGCCCUAACUACUUCAUCCCACAGUGUAACAUGUUGGAGCACCUGUGCGACGAGACUGCCAUGUUCCACGCUCGGAAGCUAGCGGUGGUACGCUCGGAUCCAGGCGAGCACCUACGCUCCAUUAUUGACCAGGCCAAGGCGGCUAACAGACUGACGCAGGAAAUGCAGCGUCGUGGGAGUUCCUCAGGACUGCUCUCUCCGCUUACGGAUUCCUCCUCGGCUGAUCACCAGCAGCCAGAUGACCGGCUGGCCAAGAAGUUACAGCAGUUAGUGACUGAGAAUCCAGGGAAGUCUAUCUCUGUGUUUAUCAACCCUGAUGACGUCACACGACCUCACUUCCGUAUUGAUGACAAGUUCUUCUGAAAAGUAUGGUCUAUUUUUCACUUCUCGUCUGCUAUUAAUGGUUGAACCUGAUGGGAACCUGAUUCAUGACACUCUCCAAAAACUGGAGCUGUGUCCCUGUGCCUGGCUGUAUACAUCAGACUGCAGAGGAACUUCAGGAGAAAAUGAUCUGCAACAGCUCUACAAGACCUGCCUUAACUGAGAGGAAAAUCCCAACGUGCAGAGAAGCAUAGUGAGUUUUAUAUCAUGGUGACUCUGAAAAGAAAAACCAGGGCAAGUGGGCAAUGAUUUACAUAGUAAACGAAAAUAUAGUAUAUCAUCAGCUUGGAAUUAUAAAGUUCUAAAGUUUUUGUCAAAAUUGAGUUAUUCACAUAAUUAUUGCGGACAGCUUCAUUAUCAUGACAACUUAUUUACAUUAUGUGAUGUGUGUUUUUUUUUUUAAAGUUGUGUAUAUUUUGAGACUUUUUAUUUAGAAAACAAAAAGAUUCUAUCUGCAAAGUAUAUUGAAUGCAAAAAUUAAAAAAAGCUCAAUGUCUCAAAACUGCUUAGAAUGCAGAUAGAACCUUAUCAUUCCAAGGUUACGAAAUGUUCUCUAGGUAGUAUGUUAUUCUGAACAGAAGUCUGAUGUAAUGAAUCAGAGAUUCAGACAUUGCUUUUCUUGUGUUUUGGAUCUGUGCUGACUGAGACUACACAAUUCCAUCACCUCUUUGUGUCUGUGUUAUACCCAUAUAAUGCUUUUUUUAAAAACCUGGCCAAUUAACUUAUGUUGUUUAUUUAGGGAAAACAACAGAAGAUUCUAACAGAGAUAACAGAGGAAGCCAAACCUUUUCUAUCUAUGAGGGAUUAAAAUCAUAUUCCUGAAGUGCAAUUAAAAAACAUGUACAUUUAUGUUCAGUUAGAGUGUGACAUUCUUGUUUUGACAAAAAUGUUAUUACAAGAAUGCAGAAUUGUUUAAAGGGUGUGGGGGUGCUUGAUUUGUAGCCCUAAAAUUUUUGCUGCUAUUGGAGAUUAAUGAACUAUUGGAUGUUGUUUAGAUUUUUUUGUUUUGUUUUGUUUUGUUUUGGAAAAGCAUGAAAGUGAAUAGCAGCUAUCCAAUAUAAGCCCACCUAUCACUAAUGUUAAGGAUGUCUCUAACAGUAAACACAGAGGACAUCAGUCAUGUAGUUUGUACUGUACCUCAAAAAAAAAAAAAAAAAAAAUAGAAAAAAAAAUCUUGCUGCCAGAAAAAUAAAGAAUUGUACAUUGUUUUGAAAGUUGUGUUGGUUUGGAACUUUGCUUAGUUUGCUAAAAAUCAGCCCUUUAGAUUUGUGCUAUCAGAUCUUUAACAUUUUAAUUUCAGAAGUAAGAAACAUUUCCUUUGAAUUAUUAGAAAAAUAAUGCACAACUGUUACUUCUCGGUUUGCAUUAUUUUUCUAAUAAUUCAGUGGCUCGAAGUCAAUUAGCCUGCUUGUGAUACGGUAACCACCUCAAGACUUUGUUUUUAGAUGAUGUAUUUCAAAAACAUUUGUUAGGUUUUGGUCUUUAAAACUCUCUUGCAUGUAGGACUAAUUUCUUUUUCAUCUGAAACCUUCAAUGCUAAUUCCAAAAUGACAUUUUAUACUAGUAACAAAGGCCUGGGCAACUGAUAAUGCAGGUAUUAAUAGAGCCUAAUUCAAUUAUUAGAGAGAGAGAUUAAUUGUAGCUGUGUAAAGCGUGUAAAACUACCCAAGUCUGUGCAACUCUGUUUGGCAUCAGCAUCUCUAUUAAUAGAAAAAAAUGUAAGUUUAACUGUUUCAAGAACAAAGACUACCACCUAGCUAGAGUGUUGCUACUGAGAAAUGUCAUGUAGCUUUAGCUGCAAAACUGUUUUACUGGUAAAUUUGUGCGGCAGCACUGACAACAAAUUUCUGUGUGCUUGUAUGUGUCUGUGUUGUAAGUGUGUGCAUUUAUAUGGGAAAGAGUGGGAGAACUAAAGCACGCUUUCCAUCAAUAAUAAAACGUAACUUU